UGUUCGCGUACGUCUGUCUAACGGUGUACCGUGCGCGCGCAAUGCGUGUGGUGCUGCUGACGUCUCCUCGCGCCCCUCUCUCUCGGUGUCUCGAGGCGGCUCUCCGUCUCCCAUUUGGGCGUCAGGUGGCCGGAAGGAGCGGCUCGCGGCGGGAGGUUGCCCAGCCCGCGCGACUCCUCUUCGCACACAGGAACCGGGAGCGGGAGCGGCUGCGCUCCUGCUCGUGCCAUGCUCGUGCCCGGCGAAGGGCGCUCGUCCUUCCAGUCCGUCCGGCCACAUCCAUGACUGUGCGUUUUAAGGAUGGUGCAGAAAUCCCGCAACGGCGGCGUGUACCCGGGCGCGGGCGCCGAGAAGAAGCUCAAAGUGGGCUUCGUCGGGCUGGAGCCCGGCGCUGCAGACUCGGGCAGGGAUGGAGCGCUUCUCAUCGCCGCCUCCGAGGCCACGAAGCGCGGCAGCAUCCUGAGCAAGCCGCGCAGCAGCGUGUCGGGAUCGGGCAAACCGCCCAAGAGGAACGCCUUCUACCGGCGUCUGCAGAACUUCCUCUACAACGUGCUGGAGAGACCGCGCGGCUGGGCGUUCGUCUACCACGCUUACGUCUUUCUCCUAGUGUUUUCCUGCCUCGUCCUCUCUGUCUUCUCGACGAUAAAGGACUAUGAGAAAAGUUCCGAAGAUGCCUUGUACAUCCUGGAAAUCGUGACCAUCGUGGUGUUUGGAGUGGAGUACAUUGUGAGGAUCUGGGCGGCGGGAUGUUGCUGUCGUUACAGAGGAUGGAGGGGGCGGCUCAAGUUUGCCCGAAAACCCUUCUGUGUUAUCGACAUCAUGGUGUUGAUUGCUUCCAUCUCGGUGCUAGCAGCAGGGACCCAGGGCAACGUCUUUGCUACCUCUGCCAUCCGCAGCUUACGGUUUCUACAGAUCCUACGGAUGAUCCGGAUGGACCGCCGGGGAGGCACCUGGAAGCUCCUGGGAUCGGUGGUCUACGCACACAGCAAGGAGCUCAUCACUGCCUGGUACAUUGGCUUUCUGUGCCUCAUCCUGGCUUCUUUCCUUGUUUAUUUGGCUGAGAAAGGGGACAACAAGGAGUUUGAAACCUAUGCAGAUGCGCUGUGGUGGGGUCUGAUCACAUUGACUACAAUUGGUUAUGGUGAUAAAUACCCAGUAACGUGGAACGGACGGCUGCUUGCUGCAACUUUCACCUUGAUUGGAGUGUCUUUCUUUGCACUUCCUGCAGGUAUAUUGGGCUCUGGGUUUGCCCUGAAAGUUCAGGAGCAGCACAGACAGAAACAUUUUGAGAAGCGACGCAAUCCUGCAGCAGGACUCAUACAGGCUGCAUGGAGGUUUUACGCUACCAACCUCACGCGGACGGACCUGCUGUCGACGUGGAACUACUAUGAGCAGUCCGUUUCUGUCCCGAUGUACAGACUAAUCCCACCUUUGAAUCAACUGGACCUGCUUCGAAAUUUGAAGAGCAAGUCUGGGCUGUCCUUCAGGAAGGAGCCCCAGCCCGAGCCCUCCCCCAGUAAUGACAGUUCAUGCAAAGAGAAUCUAUGUGGUUGCUGCCCAGGAACAAAUAGUCAGAAGGUGAGCCUGAAGGAGAGGGUGUUCUCCAGCCCUCGGAGCUCAGGGCCCAAGGGCAAGAGCUCCCCCCAGGGGCAGGGCAUGCGCAGGUCCCCCAGUGCCGACAACAGUAUCGAGGACAGCCCCGGCAAGGUGCCCAAGAGCUGGAGCUUCACGGACCGUAGCCGUACCCGGCAGGCCUUCCGCAUCAGGGGGGCGGCGUCCCGCCAGAACUCAGAAGUGCUGAUUGAGAUGCAGGAUGAAGAUUUCAGAUUGAAGAGCUCACCAGAAGCCAGCCUUCCUGGAGAAGAUAUUGUAGAUGACAACAAGAGCUGCCACUGUGAAUUUGUUACACAGGACUUGACUCCAGGUCUCAAAGUUACAAUAAGGGCUGUGUGCAUUAUGAGGUUCAUGGUCUCCAAGAGGAAGUUCAAGGAAAGCCUGAGGCCUUAUGACGUGAUGGAUGUCAUAGAGCAGUACUCAGCAGGCCACCUGGACAUGUUGGCACGGAUCAAAAAUCUACAGUCAAGGAUAGAUAUGAUUGUGGGCCCCCCUCCACUCUCAACUCCCCGCCAUAAGAAGUAUGCAACCAAAGGAACCAAAGAGUCACCCCAAUACUCUCCUAGAGUUGACCAGAUUGUUGGUAGAGGUGGUCAGAUAGCAGAUAAAGACCGACCAAAAGGCACAGCAGAGGGAGAAAUUCCAGAGGACCCAAGCAUGAUGGGACGUCUGGGGAAGGUGGAGAAACAGGUGAUGUCCAUGGAGAGGAAGCUAGACUUCUUGGUGAACAUCUACGUGCAGCGCAUGGGCAUCCCGCAGUCGGAGACGGACGCCUACUUUGCAUCCAAAGAGCCUGACCCAGCGCCGCCCUACCACAGCCCAGUGGAGAGCAGAGAGCAGAUGGAGAAGAGUGGCUCCAUCACCAAGAUCAUUCGCUCCAGCAGCUCAGGCCAGAAGAAUUUUGAACCUUUGCCCACAGCUGUAGCUCCCCAUGGCCACUGCCCCCCGUCCACUUCCUGGCAUCAACAUCCCAUAAGCGAGUGUCACCAGCGCAGCCUGGGCAGCUCGCCCGUGGGGGACCCCUCCCUGGUGCGCAUUCCCCCUCCUCCAGCCCACGACCGCUCGUCCGGAGGGCACAAUGCGAGCACCCGGGGUAGUGCGCCUGAGGAUGGGCGGCAGCAGCAGGACAGCGCACUGCGGGAGAGUGACACAUCUCUGUCCAUCCCUUCGGUGGACCACGAGGAGCUGGAGCGCUCUUUCAGUGGUUUCAGCAUCUCCCAGUCCAGAGAGAACCUGGACUUCCUCAGCGGCGGCUACUUCGGCGGAGUGGCCCUGUGCGCCAAGGUCCGGCCCUACAUCGCUGAGGGAGAGUCCGACACCGACUCCGACCUCUGCACCCCCUGUGGCCACUCGCCUCACUCGACGGCUGGAGAGGGACCGCUCACAGAUAGGGGGUGGUCAGGCACCAAGUAGAGCCCCCGCAGCACCCCUGGCCUGAAGUGGGCCAGGAAAUGUAAGUGGUCCCAAUGAGGAUGAGCACUGCGUUCCUCGCAAGAUGCUUGUGCUUCUGAUUGGCAGCAUCCAGCAUAACUGCUGAGGAGUUUGGGCUACGCUCAGUGCAGUUGGAGGUCCUAGCUGGACAUCCCAUAACGAGUCUCUGACCUUAAUCCGAGGGAAGUCACGGUCAUUUUACUCAUCGUUGUCUACAUCUUGCAGUACUACAUUGCUUUGACCGGUCACGUAAAAGUGAUUCCAUGUCUCCGAGUCCGGCUCUGUUGUCACUUCCGUUGACGAGUGAAUGUGACUCGUGACACGCGGAAAGAUCACUCCCGCUCGAGGAGCCGGAUGCGGGGUUUCGAUGUACAACGAGACGUUCUUUCACGUGCACACACUUUGACCGCAACUCUCCAUUGACCUGAUAACGAGUAACUAUCCCACGACCCUUCUGUAUUGCCCAAAUGCCUGGCAUUUAGUUCUUUCGUUCAAAAUGCUGUUAAGGAUGCAGGGCAGCGGGGCUGUUAGAGCAAAGGGGGUCGGUCUGCAUGCGAGUUAAAGCAUGUCACUAUUGGGAAUGCAUAUCCGAACAACUUUUCGAGAAAUAUCAGGAAAUAUGCUGCAGAUCUCGGUACCUGCACUUUGAAUGUGGUCUUGGGCUGAGUUCUGAGUAGGGAGAAGACCUACUGUUUUGUUCUUGUAACACUGCAGGACCCCCGCAAAGCCAUUUUUUUCUUACUGUACAACAGAAACAUUUAUUGGAUGCUCUUACUCUGUAUAAUCUAAUAAAUACAUUAGCUGGAAACUGUAUAAACUGUAAACAAUGCUGUUUGACAUAAAGGGGGAAAAUAUUUGGUUCUAAUACAAUUUACUCAGCAAAAAUGUAUUUAUUUAGUAGCAUUUAUUGAUUUCAUAAGUGUUUUUUUCCCCCUCAAAUAAAAAAGGUUUGCAUGUCACCUGCUGGAUUAAUUAUAACUGAUGUAGAAACCCGUGCAGUUUAGUAAGAAAAUACAGAAAACAAAAAAUGUAUUUUACCUCAGUCUUUUUAUAAACAACUAUCUUUAUAGUUCUGCUACUGAACUGGGGGUAAGAAUCAGCUGACAGGUUUUAAAAGAGCGUUGGUUAUUUAAUUUUCCGUUAAUUUAAAAAGUGGAUCAGAUGUAGCCCAUAAUAUCUAUGGCAUGACAUGACACAGUGCACAUAACUUGAGUGUUUUCAGAAAUAGCGAAAGGACUAUUGUAACCGUGUAGUACAAAGUGUAUUAGUGUAGUAAAUCUCGCAGCGUAAAGUGAUGGUUGCCAAGAAUAAGAGAUUCAUACCCAGAAUGCGCUCCCAGCGAAACGCCGCGAACAUUCCUUUGAAAUACCAUGUAUACCUGCACUGGCAUUCCCCCGGCUCUUGUUCUGUCAUCAGUUGAGCGCUCAGAUGAACACAGAAUGUGGGAAAAACACACCUUGUUCAAGGCCAGCAGGAGAACUGCACACGUGGAGCCUAAAAUACAGUGCUGCUUGAAAGUAUGUGACCCCUGUAGG